AUGGUGGAUAACAAUUGCAUUAUCGAAGGGCAUGUCAAAUUCCGGGACGGCAAGAAAUGGAAGUCACGAUGGUGUGUCAUGCGAAAACUGUCGCCAGUAGCAGACUGUUUACAUCUGCAACUGUACGCGGACAGCAAGGACAGAUACAAGCAAGGACAGACUAAGGCGUCUCUGAGCUUGCAGCACUUUCUGGGAAUUGAGAGUGGCUUGACUCUCGAUAAGGAGUCCAAUACAGUGGCUAUCAUUUGUCAGGAUUUAAUCGUCGUUUUGGCUUUUGACACGCGGGAGAGGUUGAUACAGUGGCAGGUGAAGAUAUCGAAUAAUCUGGGGGAAGAUCAACAGUUUCUGGUCCUCAUAUCAACAGCCCCAGCAAAAGCAAAAGUAACAACCGGCCCAGCCCACUUACACAUCCAAGAUGGCCGUUUCUGCAUAACAGUGGGUGUCCCCCCGCGCCUGAUCGGCGUCUGGGAGAUAGCCCACCUCCGUCGUUACGGUGUAGUAGAGGGGAGAUUUUGUUUCGAAGGUGGAUCAAGAUGUGGUCGUGGCGAAGGGUUGCACGUGCUCAUAACAGAUCAGGGUGAUGAUAUAGUUAGGACCCUGCAGCUGGCGGCUGAGGGUAAGCUAUCAUCCCGUAAGCGUCCACUAGCGCGUGAAUUAUCAAUUCAGGAUAGCCCCAGACGCCAGUUCUCACGUUCCGACACGCGCGCCAGUGAUUUUUUCCCCCCAACCGUCUACUCAACCUCCACUUACAAAGACGAUUUAGACAUAACCAAAACCGAGACUUCCCCCUGCUGGUCCUCCACGGAGAGCCGUCACAACGCCGAACUAGACGGCAAUUACACCAGCCGGGAGGUGGGGGGUUCCACAAACGAGUUAGCGGAUAAGACCGAAUCCCCAGAAUGGCGAAGUACCUUACCAAGACAGCAUAACUCAGUUUUAGAGCGCUGUGCAAGCUGUAUAAGUAAACUGGGUGCCGUCUCGAAGACAUCAACAUUCAUCAGCCCCUCUGGCGCCCCCCAGAAUGCCCCCAUCAACCCCCCCAAGGGCUUCGACCGACUCUCCUUAUCGUCCUACAGCACGAGUAGCCACGACAGUGACUACUCAGCAUUUCCCACUACCAUAACCGAUAACACCGCCCCUAAAAAUGACGACAGCCCCCGGCAAUCGAGCCCCAAGGACACUGUAGACCUCCCCCUCCCACCGCGAGCGCCCUCAAUCCGCCACCUCAAUAAACCGAAAAAGCCUCCGAUGCCCCUUCCAGAAAAAAUCUGUACAUGCACAACACCCACCGCCCACCCGCCCCGAAAGCCCGAUCCCUACGAGAACUACGACAUUCCGCGAACAAUUCUCGCUCACCACAUGUCCCUGGAGCCCCCCCACCAGACCCAGGACCAGUACUACGAUACUCCGAGAAAGAUAAAGGAGUGCCUUGCAUUGCCAAAGAAUCAAAACAAUUAUCCAAAUUACGAUACGCCUUAUAACCCACAAGCUGUUGUCCUCCAGCAAUGUGGAUGUCCCAGUAAGCUACCAGCCCAAUCACCCAGAUCAGUGUGCCCCUGUCACAAUGUCAUGAGCUGGGCCGGCUUCGUUCUGCCGUACUGCCGGCGCGGCGCUGGCAUCGAGUCGACGGGCGUUACAGUUCACCCGAUAAAGCUCUCCGGUCAAGGAAAGAUGCCGGUUGUCAAUGCUAGCGGGGAGGUGGCCAUCUACCCCCUGUCGACAAAGAACCCUGUCGCAAAGACUGAAACUGAUAAGCCAUCCAGCAAUAAUUACGAGAACCUGUCACCGGUCAUCGAGACGCAGCCGGAACCAAAGCCCGUCAACUACGUGAACAUCGACUUCAGCGAGUCGUUGGAGCACUACGAGAACAGCAGGGACGUCAUCGCGAAGAGUGGGAUAACCCAGGAGGAGAUGCGGGAGAUCGCUUGUGAGCUCAAGCCCGACGCGGCGAACGAACAGUCGUCGGGAAUGGGAGAGGAGAAGUUCAAGGACACCGAGGAGAUCUGUAACAAGUGCGGUCACGUGAAGGACAACUCCCCAGACUACCUCCUCAUGGACCCAGACAAGCAGUUGGUCAAGAAGACGUUCUCGAGCUAUCUUCCGAUGCAGCCGGCUCACAACCACUGCUCGAAGGAAGUUCUCUCGCGCAUCUACAGCGGUACGAAGUCCUCGAGCAAUCCGACCUUGUUCGGCCCACCCGCGAGCGAAUUGGGGACUAACAGAAAGCGCUCUGACUCGGAACUGAGGAUUCCGGGAUCAGCAAUGCUGUCGAGCCCCUACCUGAGGCGCCGGCUGAUCGACCCCACUCAGGCCAUAGAAUCAAGCGCCAGUUUGGAGAUCCUCUGGAGGAAGAGAUCGUAUUCCGCUGAGUCCACGCAUUACCAGACACCGGAGGACUCGAGUCAGGGGUUCUCCUCGGCGUUGGAGAUACACAAGUGUCCGAGUGAGACCAGUAAGGCGGUCGUCAAGAAUGAAGAGAGUGCGGCCGCUUGUCAGCCGUUCUCCAUCAAGAUCAGGAGGUCGUCCUCGGUCCCUUCGAAGAGCGGUCACAACCGGGAUUCCUCCAGCAGCAAUGACUCCGGGGUCUCCACGGGAUCCCUCAGCCAUCGCAACGCCGAGUUCGUGGAGUUUGAGCUGUCCCUCGCGCCGAUAAACUCGGCUAGAAAGCAGAACAUUCUGACGGUCUGCAGGAAGAGUCCUCCACCGGUCUGCUAUCACAGCAGUCUUCCUCGGAAGUCCAAGUCCAGUGAUCCUCUGAGGGAGUUGUCUUUCCAGUUUCAAAAGAUACAGGUGCCGACGAAAUCGUCGUCCGCUGAGGGGGAGAUCCCCGGGUGUUUGCCGAAGGCUACGGCCAAGGGCUUCAGCAGCCCCGGGGAGACAUCUGGGACCCCUUACAUCGACUCGAGGAGCACCAGCAGCGGAACGUCCGAUAUGUCUGAUUACAUUGAGACGCUUUCGCUGUCCUCGCAUUCGUCAUCUGACGCCCCCGAUAGCCUCAGGGGUCAGGGUGGGCGGGCGGUCACCACCACUUUGAGACCGAGGAGUGGGAAGGAGUAUUAUAAGAUUGAUCGGGCCAUUCUCAACGAACAGGCGAGGUCCAGCAGUGGGCAGCAGGGCUAUCCGAAUAUCACUCCGGUCAUGGAGAAGAGCGAGUCACCCUCGCCUGGGUACAUGAGCUCUUCCCCGUUUGAACAGCCACAGACCUCGAGGCAGCGGUUUUUGUUCCCCGAGGUGAGUGACAUUUGA